AUGAAAAUCCGCCUCCACCACAGCCAACUUUUCUGCCUCUGCCGCCGCGGCCCAGCCACCUCACUAGUCGCCGCUGCAUCCCUUCUGAAUCAGCAUAUAGCUGCAAUUUCCAUGGAGUGUGGUUUGGGCAUGGCGACCACGCAUUUCAGGCAUUUUGGGGUGUGCCUUAAACCAAAUUCACCAAAAGUCCGGCACUUUACUGUCAAUUGCCAUUCUGUUUCUCUCUCGGCCUCUGAGAAUUCACCGACAGGAUUGUUGGAAAGGCCAUGGAAGGUGGCGGAUGCAAGACUUGUGCUUGAGGAUGGUUCUGUUUGGCGGGCCAAGUCAUUUGGUGCCUCUGGGACCCAAGUUGGCGAAGUGGUUUUUAAUACAUCAUUAACGGGGUAUCAAGAGAUCCUUACUGAUCCUAGUUAUGCUGGCCAGUUUGUUCUGAUGACUAACCCACAUAUUGGCAACACUGGUGUUAAUUUUGAUGAUGAAGAAUCAAACCAGUGCUUUCUAGCAGGGCUCGUUAUCCGAAGUCUGAGUAUUAGCACCUCCAACUGGAGAUGUACUGAAAAACUUGGAGAUUAUUUGGCGUCAAGGAACAUUAUGGGAAUAUAUGAUGUAGACACUCGUGCUAUUACCCGUCGAUUGAGACAAGACGGUAGCCUUAUUGGUGUGUUGAGCACAGAGGACUCUAGAACGGAUGAAGAACUCCUGAAAAUGUCCCAAACUUGGGAUAUAGUUGGCGUGGACUUGAUAAGUGGUGUCUCUUGUAAGGCUCCUUACGAAUGGGUUGAUGCAACAAAGUCAGACUGGGAUUUCAACUUCAACAAAGGAAAAGAUGAGACAUUUAAGGUUGUCGCAUAUGAUUUCGGUAUCAAGCACAAUAUACUCCGCCGCUUGGCAUCUUAUGGUUGCAAAAUCACUGUGGUCCCCUCAACUUGGCCAGCGUCCGAGACUCUCAAAAUGAAACCAGAUGGUGUUCUUUUCAGCAAUGGUCCAGGUGAUCCUUCGGCUGUCCCUUAUGCCGUUGAGACAGUCAAGGAAUUAAUGGGGAAGGUUCCUGUUUUCGGUAUCUGCAUGGGCCACCAAUUGCUCGGUCAAGCUCUCGGUGGUAAAACCUUCAAGAUGAAAUUUGGUCACCAUGGAGGGAACCAUCCCGUUCGUAAUAUCCGAAAUGGACGUGUCGAGAUCAGUGCUCAGAACCACAACUAUGCUGUUGACCCUGAUUCUCUUCCAGAAGGUGUGGAGGUAACUCAUGUCAAUCUCAACGAUGGAAGCUGUGCGGGGCUUGCUUUCACUCAGCAGAAGCUCAUGUCACUUCAAUACCAUCCCGAGGCUUCUCCUGGGCCCCACGACUCGGAUCUUGUAUUUGGUGAAUUCGUACAACUUAUGAGACAAGAAAAGCAGCAGAAAAUUGCGACAUGCGGGCAUCAAUUUGAGGCAUUAGCGGUGGCGGAGGAGGAGAUUCGAUUGGAGCUGGCCACGACAAGCGCGACAAUUGCGGGCCAGGUGUUGUGCGUGGUUGCCGUGGGGCAGGGCACGGUGGACGCGGUUGUGGUCUUCGUGGGGCGCCCUGCUCUUGAUGGAGAGCCUCGGUUGUACUUUAGGGACAAGAUCUAG